AUAUUGAUUGCUGAUGGAAAAGUAUCAUCCAAUAUAAUGUACCGAUUCCACGACUCUACUCUACCUACCCCACGUGAUGUGAACAUACGAGGAGAAACAGACAGAGCCAUCACAAGUACUGUUCCCAGAAGAUUCGGUGGUGGGCCGGUGCCGUGACGGGGCAUUCUCCGGGCAUCCCUCUUUUUUCAUUUCAAAUGACUCGACUCCAACUCGAUCCGUUCGAAAAAGAAAAAGAUAUUAUUAGAUCAAAAGCUCAAUUAUGAAACAUUUUUAAAAAGCAGUGAAACCCUGGCAAGGAGGGUUCAGCUCCACUCAAGGAAGCUUCCCAAAAGCACUGAUUUUGAGGUCGUGCCCGCCAGAUUUUCGCUUGCUUUCUUUUAACAUUUUCCUUCCGUUUCCCGGUAACCAAACGGAGCGGAUACAGUUGAUGCGAUGUCAGCAACAAAACAAUGGCUUUUGCUUUAGUAUCCAGGCUCGCCGUUCCGUGAUUUCAUUUGGCUUUGCUACUAUUUGAUUAUUAUUAAUCUCUGUAUUAUCAUCAUCAUCAUCAUUAUUAUAUGAAUACAGAUGCUGAAAAUCGGAAGAGUUGUGGUUGACCAGCCCUAUUCAGCUUUUCUUGCGCAUUAGGUUACCUAUAUGAUUCACGUUUUUACUAAUCUUUAGCAAAACAAACAAAGGCAUUGCGUGCUGGGAAGCCACUUGGCCAGCCCUAAUAAUUCUGUAACAUCUUCUUCAAUAGCUUUCUUUCUAUGAACAAUCCACUGGUCAACGUUUCUCAGAAGGUCGGCAGUCAUUGAAUGGGUCAGCUAGACAACUACGCCGCCUCUUUUAUUAUUAGUCUUUGUUUUCAUAUUCAGUUUUCUUCCUGGAAAUUUUCCGCUUGAAUCCUAAUUCAGCUGUCAACCAUUCCAUGCUGAUAUCUCCCUCACUCCGUUUAUAUACAUCUGUGUAAUUCUUCAUCUUCCCCAAUUUCCCGAGUCAUAUAUUCUACAGAAAUCCGAGAAACUUUUCGAAUUUUGGUAUUUUAUGACAAUCAAAUUUACUCCACAUACAUUUUUCUUUUGAAUUCCUGUAAUCGGUGUAUUGAAAUUCGAUUUGAUUUGGAGUGCAGGGGAGAUCAUCCAAGUGGUUUUGAUUGAUAGAGUGAGUUAAUAUUGAGGUGUGUGGAAUUGGGAAGGAGUUGUGCAGAGAUUGCAUAGGUGAUGGGAGGGAAAAGUUCGAAACGGCGGAGUGGGAGAGAAUAUCCAUCGUUUGAAUCGUCUUCAUUCAACCACCAUGGUUACUCACAGUCACAGCCUUAUGAGGAGGCCUAUCCAGCCCAGCCAUACCACACGCCGCAGCACCACAGCCCUCCUCCACCUCGCUACUACAGCGGUGCUCAAACUCCUCACCGGCACCCCCAAUUGGACCGGCGUUACUCCAGGAUAGCUGAUAAUUAUAAUAGCUUGGAUCAGGUUACUGCUGCUCUUGCUCAAGCUGGCCUUGAGUCUUCUAACCUCAUUGUUGGUAUUGACUUCACCAAGAGUAAUGAGUGGACAGGUUCCAGGUCAUUCAAUAGGAAGAGCUUACAUCACAUUGGAAGGGGUCAAAAUCCAUAUGAGCAAGCAAUAAGUAUUAUUGGGAAGACCUUAUCUGCAUUUGAUGAGGAUAACUUGAUUCCCUGCUUUGGAUUUGGAGAUGCCUCAACACACGAUCAAGACAUCUUCAGUUUCUACCAGGACGAGAGGCCCUGCAAUGGAUUUGAAGAAGUACUGAUGAGAUACAGAGAAUUGGUUCCCAGCCUUCGACUUGCAGGACCCACCUCUUUUGCACCCAUCAUUGAAAUGGCCUCGACCAUUGUUGAGAAAAGUGGUGGCCAAUACCAUGUUUUGCUGAUAAUCGCUGAUGGACAGGUGACACGAAGCGUUGAUACACAGCAUGGCCAGCUCAGCUCUCAAGAGCAAAAGACGAUCGACGCAAUUGUAAAAGCAAGUAAGUACCCCUUGUCAAUAAUUUUGGUUGGGGUUGGAGAUGGGCCUUGGGAUGUGAUGAGGGAGUUCGAUGACAACAUCCCUGCUCGUGCCUUCGAUAAUUUCCAGUUCGUGAAUUUUACAGAAAUUAUGUCAAAGAAUGUUGAUUCAUCGAGAACACAGACAGAGUUUGCUCUUGCAGCCUUGAUGGAAAUUCCUUCCCAAUAUAAAGCAACUAUUGAUCUCAAUACACUGGGUGUAAGGAGAGGGAAUGCUCCUACUAGGGUUGCUCUCCCCCCACCCCAGUAUGGAACACCUUCUUUCAGCAGCAGCUCAAAACCUUACCACUCGAACAGUUUCCAAAAAAGCGCUGAGUCUUAUCCUGAAUAUGAGGCAGCAGUCAGCACAGGCCCAUCUUCUAAUUCUCUUUAUGAUAACAAGGUUUGCCCCAUUUGUCUCAGUAAUCCAAAGGAUAUGGCUUUUGGUUGUGGUCAUCAGACUUGCUGUGAGUGUGGAGUAGACCUCAAUUCAUGCCCCAUUUGCCGAAGCCCGAUCCAGACUAGAAUAAAGCUGUAUCAAUAAGCUAUUGUGUUCAUGUCCUUAGAUCCCCCUGCUCUCAGAUUGGAACUCUAUUUGUCUUGGCAAAUGCUCGCCAAAUGCCAAAGGCAAGGGAUGUUUUGCAUCUUGGUGAAGGUGCAUUUUGGCCUGGGACAUGAACUCCUACUGAAGAGUUACUGUAGCACUACUAGCUUUGUAUAUAUAUAUAUAUAUAUAUAUGAAACGCCAUGCCUCGAUGGAAGGAGAAAUUCCUCAGAGAUUUAUCAACCAUGACCUUCAGAAGACCGAGGAUCCCCCAUACAAUUACAUCCUUCAUUAGGAGAAGACUGUUUGGAUUGGAUUGCAUUUUGCGCGUGGACAGAGGCUUUUUAUAUUUUUUUUUUGUUCAUUCUUUUAUUGGUUUGUAUUGAAGCCGUUUUUCCCCCUCUUUGAAAUGACGAUAGUUUGCAGUGUGUGUAUAGUACAAAUUUGUUUGCAUUGUUUUGAAUUUGAUGUACAAUAACGCAUUAAGGUUUUGGAUUAUUAAAUGCAGCACGCCUCCUUGAUGUAUAGAUGUGGGGUGGUAAAGUUAUAAAUA